AUGGGCAAAUCGGCGGUGCUAGAGCUUGAAAUUACCGGGCGAGGGUACGAAGGACUGCUUGAUACAGGAGCUUCUCGGAGCUUCAUUCGUCCAGCGGUGGUGGAACAACUGGGACUAAAGGUGCGGAACUUGCGGGAGGCGUUCUCCUUCACUGCAGCGAAUGGCGCAAUCAUACAUAUCGAUAAGGAAGUACCGAGAUUUACUAUGCUAUGUGGAGGGGAAUGCUUUACCGGGGACUUCCUGGCAGGACCCAUAACGUUCCCUAUCAUCAUGGGGAUAGAUUGGUUGGUAAACCACAAGGUGACAUGGUACUUUCAGUCAGACAAGAUUAGAACGUAUGUCAACGGCCGAUGGUGUGACUUACCAGUUCUGCCGAAAGGUAGUGAGGCGACUACUCAAAGGGACUCGCCCAACAGAGAUCCGGCGAAAACGGCAGCGGACAGUGCUUACGAGGAGUUGGCGGCGCAGGUAGCCAAGAUGUCGGUAGAAGAGGCUACGGCGCUUCUGCGCCCCCCACCUAAACGAUAUAAAUUGAGACACAAAGCAGGAGAACGGGUGAGAAUCAAGGAUAUUCUCCAGAGGGCAAGGGAGGAUACGGCUAACUUGAAGAGGGCGCUCGAAGGUCUACAUUUUGUUGUUGCGUUACCGGCCACGGAACCAGAGCGGGUUAUACACGUGCCAACUGAGCGGCAAGGGCCACUACUGUACGCACUGGUGGAACAUACGAAUUCUCUCCCCACUAGACGGGCUCAGACGCUCAGCGAGCCUGGAGAGUCCACGGUCACAACCCAUACGGAAGACGACGAAUCGCCCUGGCCCAAAGCUCAGCAAUCAUAUACCGAAUUCGACGCGUGGAUGACUGGGCCCGAGGCAACCCGAGUGCCUGAGCAGAUCCUAACUGUGCUACAACAACACCGGAAACUGUUCCCUGAUAGCCUACCAGACGGACUACCACCCAAGACGCCUUAUGAUCACAGAAUCCUUCUCUUACCCGGCAAACUCCCAACGCGAGCGCCAAUAUACAAGAUGCCGCCCGAUCAGUUAGCCCACCACAACAAGGAGAUAGCUCGUUUGAUGGCUAAGGGAUGGAUAGGACCCACGUACUUGCCCAUCUGUGCGCCCACCAUAAUGGUCGAUAAGAGGGAUGACGGAAGUGGAGAACGUAGGAUGCGGAUGGUAGUGAACUACCAAGCCCUAAACGCUUUGACUAUUGAGCCCGAGUUCCCUAUGCCCAGUGUGCAGACGGUGCUCGAGAUGCUAGGUGGUGCAGCUUACUUCUCUACGCUAGACCUGGAGGCGGGCUUUCACCAAAUCCGCAUGGCUCGAGAGGAUAGAUGGAAGACCGCCUUCCGCUCGGUGCAGGGUCUCUCCGAGUACAAGGUAAUGCCCUUCGGUCUCAAAGGGUCGCCUGCGACCUUCCAGGCGAACAUCAACGCCUACCUACAGCCGCUACUCGGGAAGAGAGUUAUCGCCUACCUUGAUGAUGUGCUUGUUUGCAGUGCGUCCUUGGAGUCGCACGCUCGACUUCUGGAGCAAGUCUUGGGGAUUUUCUUAAGACAUCAGUUUUAUCCGAAGCUUACGAAGUGUAAAUUUGGCCAGCGUGACCUUACUUACCUGGGAUAUCGGAUAGGCGCCGAUGGGAUUAGACCCGCAGCCGACAAGGUGGAGGCGAUUAACCUGUGGCCAGAAGUCAUAACCAAUGAAACGCAAGUCAGACAAUUCCUAGGCACCGUGAACUACUGUCGGAUGUUUAUGGGACCUACGUUCGCCGAUCUCUCGAGGCCUCUAGUCGAAUUAACGCACAGGAACUCGCCCUUUACAUGGAAGGAAGAACACUCUGCCGCAGUACGCCAACUCAAGCGCCUUCUUUCCGAGUAUACGAUCCUGCAGGUUCCAGAUCCCAAGGAGCCUUACACGCUGUACACUGACGCUUCGGGCUCCGCAGUCGGGGCAAUCUUAGAACAAGAGGGAAAACCAGUGGGGUUCCUCAGUCAAGUCAUGAACGCAACACAGCAGAGGUACUCCAUCUAUGACCAGGAGUUAUUGGCGCUCAUCUCCGCCUUGGACAAGUGGCGCCACCUACUCCGAGGAGCCGAAGUGACGGCCUACACAGACCACCAGGCCUUGACGUACCUUCAGCAGAAUAACGCACACAAACCUUUACGCGGGCGUACAGCGCGGUGGUUGGACUUCUUAGCGGAGUUCCCACAACUCACGAUAUCUUAUCUUCAAGGAACGCACAACACGGUCGCGGAUGCGCUAUCCAGGCACCCUCAACACCAAUCCGCAGCCUCGACGACGACCCCAACGCUUCUAGUUCCUCUUGCCGGACCUCAACAGGUAACAACGUCAGCGACUCCUCGAUAUUCUACUCGCUCCUCGUCUGGGAACGCGCCCAAAAUUGACUUCAGAGCAAUCGCCGGGUUCCGCUCCCAUCGCAGGCGCUCCAAGCAGACAUCGCCUACUUCACCGGACCCGCUUAUCCCGCCUCCAGCAGGGACACCGGUUGGGCUGGCGUCGACGCGACAAUCUUCGCCCCCUCUGGAGCCCAGCGAUUCUCCUUCGUCCACGGUCCCCUCCCCCUCUUCGUCGUCCUCAGCUCCAACUACCUCAGUCGCGAUUACAGAAUUUGCUCCGGAAUCGCCCGCAGUGACGGAAUGCCUGACGCCACAACGUUCGGAGGAUUGUUAUCGGCGCUGUCCUCACUUCCGCGGCAUUGUCCUCGCGGCAGACCGUCACAACGAAGCAGAGUUCCUUCACCAGCUACAGGGCCGCAGAUAUCGUUUCAAGUUCUGCCGACCGUACCUAUACGUUUGCAUACAUGGGCUCUGGCGUAUAUGUCCUCCUACUUUGCCGGAAUUCCUCUCGCAUCUUCUCUACCGCCAUCAUGACCACGUUACGGCUGGACACCGUGGCGAACGCAAAACGUUUCUGUCCCUCAGUAAGCUAUAUUACUGGCCGGGAAUGCGAGUUUAUACAACUGCGUAUGUCGAGUCUUAUGUGAAGUGUCGGGCUUCUAAGGCGCUCUCGCAGCGGCAAGCGGGUCUCCUUCAGCCUCUCCUCGUUCCCUCCCGACGCUGGAGCCAUGUUAGCCUGGACUUCAUAACAGACUUGCCUCUUACUCCCCGCGGACAUGAUUGCAUCCUCGUUAUCGUCGACUCUUUAAGCAAGAUGGUGCACUUCAUUCGUACAAAGAAGACAGCGACCACAGCAGACACCAUAGAAUUACUCGCAGAUAGGUGGAUUCGCUAUCACGGCGUUCCAGACGUUUUGAUAUCCGAUCGGGACCCCCGUUUUCAAUCACAACUCUGGCAGCAGCUGUGCCAGCGCUUCCACAUUAAGCGAGCGAUGUCUUCACCUUAUCACCCGCAAUCAGAUGGACAAAGGGAGAGAGUUAACCGCACUCUGGAGCAAAUGCUCCGAACCUACAUUCAAACGGAUGAACGAGAGUGGGAACGGCUGUUACCUGCGCUAGAACUCGCCUAUAAUACCACUAGCCAUUCGUCAACGGAACCUAGCCCUUUUGAGAUUAUGAUCGGCCAAAACCCGGUCACCGCGGCCGACCUAGAUAUUGUGGGCAAUCUUGCGCCCACCCUCACCCCGCCAAUGACGAAAGUAUCCCAGCAGCUAUGUGAUAGGGCUCAAAGCCAUAUCCUCAAAGCAAAGUGGCAGCAAAAACGUUACGCCGAAGCUCACCGCCGCGAUGUCCAAUACAAGCCAGGAGAUCAGAUUUGGAUCAGCAGCCGCCACCUUCCCGGCCUCAACCAAUGUCCCAAGCUUGAGCCUCGGUUCCGUGGACCCUUCACAAUAUUGGAACGCAUCAGACAGGUGGGUUACCGCAUCGCGCUCCCUCCAACCUAUUCCUGUCAUAAUGUUUUUCAUGUGUCUCAGCUCGUACCUGACCGUCCUCGCGACCCACAGAGGCAGUCUAAGGAGGCCGCCGUUGGAUGGCUACCCAUAACGGGCCCGGAUGGCACUCCUACCGACACCUAUAAAGUGGAAUACAUUCUUAAUCAACGCGGCUCGGGACAAGAUGUUCAGUAUCUCGUUAAGUGGCGUGGCGCUCCCGAAAACCGCGCAACAUGGGAGCCGGUUGCCAAUCUCACCAACUGUCCCACUAUUCUUCGAGCGUGGCGUCGUUAUUUCAAGCGUGCGAAGGACACCCAGCGAAGCCCUCAGGACACUGCAUCGAGCUCCGCGCACACCAACGCGGCUGGGUCCCUCUUCCAGUCGCUUUCCUCGCGGGGGGGGAAGAGGUGGUGCGGCGCCCCCCGGCAGCCGCACCGCUCAGGGCACUGCACAGCACAAAUACACCGGAGAGAAAUAUAUCGACGGGAAGUACGGUAG